CAUUAGAAUGCAGCAGAGCUGGAAACUGUAACAGGACUGAAGACAGAAAUAGAAAAAUUCAAAGCCAACAGGACAGGCUGCGAUCGCAGCCGGGCGAGAAAAAGGGAAAGAUGCCUUCCCCGUCCUUCUCCCUGGAUGCCCAGCUGAGGUUUCACACCAAAUGGCUGAAGAUAGAUCUGCAGCGUGCCUUCUCCCCGGAGGGGCUGAGCGAGAUGUGGAACGAGAUGGUGAAGGAUGAGGAGAUCACCUGCAACGGAGAGGAAUCCACCCAUCCAGAGGACUGUGCCGACUGCUUUGGCGGUCAGAAGAAGGAUGAGCCCAACGACAAGGAGAAAAAGGAGGAGGAGGAGGUGUCGACGUCCGUUCACCACUCCAUCAUUGAGACGUGGGACUGGGGGCAGCAGCCAGACGACGGCGAGCUGAAGGAGUGCCUGAUGGUGCUGGUGGAGGACCAGCAGAAGCUGGCCGUGCAGACGGCCAGGAGCACGCUGUCGGCCAUGCGGCUGCGGCAGCGCCUGGUCAUCCUGGAGCGCUACCUCAUCUCGCUCAGCCACAGCAUGAUGGAGGAGAAGUACAAGGUGCGCUGGAAGAGCCCGCCCAGCCCGCCGCUGCCCGCCUCCGACAACAAGAGUCCCCGUCCAGCAGGGAAGGGGGUGGAGGGCCUGGCGAGAGUGGGCUCCAGGGCGGCGCUGUCCUUCGCCUUCGCCUUUCUGCGCAGGGCGUGGAGGUCAGGUGAGGACGCGGACCUGUGCAGCGAGCUCCUGCAGGAGUCCCUGGACGCCCUGCGUGCCCUCCCAGAAGCCUCUCUGUUCGACGAGGGAACGGUGUCCUCCGUCUGGCUGGAGGUGGUGGAGAGAGCCACGAAGUUCCUUACAGAUGUCCAUGGGAGCGCGAGCGCCAAAGGCCCCAGCAACAUUCCACUGCAGGACCAGCACCUGGCCCUGGCUAUCCUCCUGGAGCUGGCUGUACAGAGGGGCACGCUCAGUCAGCUCUUGUCGGCCGUGCUGCUGCUGCUGCGUCUGUGGGACAGUGGCACGCGAGAGAUGGACAACGAGCGCUCGGCCCAGGGCACCAGCGCCCCCCUCCUGCCUCUGCUGCAGCGCUUCCACAACAUCCAUGCCAGCAAAGACCUGCCCAGCGCCGAGGAGGAGGCCGAGGUGCUCACCGCCCCCCUGAGCCCCAACGAGAGCCUCUUGCGCUACCUGACCCUGCCCCAGGACAACGACCUGGCCAUCGACCUGCGGCAGACCGCCGUGGUCAUCAUGGCGCACCUGGACCGCCUGGCCGCCCCCUGCAGCCCCCCGCAGUGCAGCUCGCCCACCUCAAGCAAGGGCACCCUGCAGGAGGUGAUUGGCUGGGGCCUGCUGGGCUGGAAGCUCCACGCCAAUGUGAACGGGCCGGUGCAGUGCAAGGCCCUGUCCAGCCUGGGGGUCACCCAGAUCGUCUGCUCUGAGAAGGGCUUCCUCAUCCUGUCCCGCAGUGGCGCCGUCUACACGCAGAACUACAAGAGCACCACCCUGGCUCCUCUGCUGGUGCAGGCCCUCUCCUCCAGGAAGAUAGUGAAGAUAGCAGCACAUCCAGACGGGCAGCACUACCUGGCUCUGUCAGCCAAUGGGGAGGUGUUCUCCUGGGGCUGCGGGGACGGCGGUCGCCUUGGACACGGGGACACUACGUACCUGGAGGAGCCCACCAUGAUCACGGCCUUCUCGGGGAAGCCGCACGGGAAGCACGUGGUGCACAUCGCCUGCGGGAGCACCUACAGCGCCGCCAUCACCGCCGACGGGGAGCUGUACACCUGGGGCCGCGGCAACUACGGCCGGCUCGGUCACGGCUCCAGCGAGGACCAGACCACGCCCAUGCUGGUGACGGCGCUGAAGGGACUGAAGGUGCUGGACGUGGCGUGUGGCAGCGGAGACGCGCAGACGCUGGCCGUGACGGAGAACGGCCAGGUGUGGUCGUGGGGCGACGGCGACUACGGCAAGCUGGGCCGGGGGGGCAGCGACGGCUGCAAGACGCCCAAGCUGGUGGAGAAGCUGCAGGACCUGGACAUCGUCAAGGUGUGCUGCGGCAGCCAGUUCUCCGUGGCGCUGACCAAAGACGGACAGGUGUACACCUGGGGCAAAGGUGACAACCAGCGCCUGGGCCACGGCACGGACGAGCACGUCCGCUACCCCAAGCUGCUGGACAGUUUACAAGGAAAGAAGGUGGUGGACAUCGCCGUGGGCUCCACCCACUGCCUCGCCCUCACAGACGAGGGGGAGGUGCACAGCUGGGGCAGCAACGACAAGCUCCAGCACUUCGACACGCUCUUCUCCAACAAGAAGCAGCCCAAAGCUCUGCCGGGCCUCAACUCCAAGCACAUCGUGGGCAUAGCCUGUGGGCCCGGCCAGAACUUCGCCUGGUCGUCGUGCUCGGAGUGGUCGGUCGGGCAGCGCGUGCCCUUCGUGGUGGACGUGUGCCCCAUGACCUUCGAGCAGCUGGACCUGCUCCUGCGACAGGUCAGCGAGGGCAUGGACGGCAGCUCCGACUGGCCGCCCCCGCAGGAGAAGGAGUGCAUGGUGGUGGCCACGCUCAACCUGCUGCGGCUUCAGCUCCACGCCGCCAUCAGUAACCAGGUGGACCCGGAGGAGCUGGGGCUGGGCCUGGGCAGCGUGCUGCUCAACAGCCUGAAGCAGGCGGUGGUGACGCUGGCCAGCAACGCCGGCGUGCUCAACACCGUGCAGUCGGCCGCCCAGGCCGUCCUGCAGAGCGGCUGGUCGGUGCUGCUGCCCACGGCGGAGGAGAGGGCCCGGGCGCUGUCCUCCCUCCUGCCCAGCGCAGUGUCUGGGAAUGAGAUGAGCGUGAGUCCCGGUCGGCGAUUCAUGAUCGACCUUCUGGUGAGCAGCCUCAUGGCGGACGGCGGUCUGGAGUCGGCGCUGAACGCUGCCAUCACGGCCGAGAUACAGGACAUUGAAGCCAAGAAGGAGGCCCAGAAAGAGAAGGAGAUCGACGAGCAGGAGGCCAACGCUUCCACGCUGCACCGGAGCAGAACUCCGCUGGACAAGGACCUGAUCAACACGGGGAUCUAUGAGUCCGCAGGGAAACAGAGCCUGCCACUGGUGCAGCUGGUCCAGCAACUGCUGAGGAACAUCGCCUCGCAGACGAUCGCGAGGCUGAAAGAUGUGGCCAGGAGGAUCUCCAACUGCCUGGACUCGGAGCACGUGGGGAAGGAGCGCUCGGCCUCGCUGGACCUCCUGCUGCGCUUCCAGAGGCUCCUGGUCAGCAAGCUCUACCUGGGCGUCAACGGGCCCGAGGUCGUCAACGGAUACAACCCGGACCUCCUGGGCGUGGGAUCCUUACUGAAGAAGUACAUCGCCCUGCUGUGCACCCACAUCGGGGACAUCCUGCCUGUGGCCACCAGCAUCGCCUUCGCCAGCCACCGGCACUUCGCCGAGGUCUCUCGCAUCAUUGAGGGUGAUCUCACCGGCGUCCUCCUUCCGGAGCUGGUUGUCUCCAUCGUGCUGCUCCUCACCAUCGACGCCGGCCUCAUGCAGGAGACCGGCUCCAUCCCCCUGUUAGCCGGGCUACUGGAGCACCUCGACCGCUUCAACCACCUGGCUCCCGGCCACGAGAGGGACGACAACGAGGACCUGGCCUGGCCUGGAAUCAUGGGGUCUUUCUUCACAGGCCAGAGCUCCAGGAACAAUGAGGAGGUGUCCCUCAUACGCAAGGCCGACCUGGAGAACCACAACAAGGACGGGGGCUUCUGGACCGUCAUCGAAGGCAAGGUCUACGACAUCAAGGACUUCCAGGCGCAGUCCCUGACUGGAAACAGCAUCCUCGCCCAGUUUGCUGGAGAAGAUCCAGUCGUUGCCCUUGAGGCCGCGCUGCAGUUCGAGGACACCAGGGAGUCCAUGCAGGCGUUCUGUGUUGGCCAAUACAUGGAGCCCAACCAGGAGACGGUGACCACGCCCGACCUGAGCAGCCUGUCCUCUCCUCUGAUCGACACCGAGCGGAACCUGGGCCUGCUGCUGGGCCUGCACGCCUCCUACCUGGCCAUGAGCACGCCCCUGUCCCCCAUGGAGAUCGAGUGCGCCAAGUGGCUCCAGUCCUCCAUCUUCUCCGGGGGCCUGCAGACCAGCCAGAUCCACUACAACUACAAUGAGGAGAAGGACGAGGACCACUGUAGCCUGCCAGGCAGCACGGCGCCCGACAAGGCCAGGCUCAACUCCCGCCGGCUCACGCUCAGCGACCACUCGCAGCCCUUCCUGCAGGCCAUCGCCGACAACAACAUCCAGGACCACACUGUGAAGGACUUCUUGUGCCAAAUCGAGCGCUGCUGUAAGCAGUACCACCUGAUCACCCCCAUCAUCUUCCCCCCCGAGCACCCCGUGGAGGAGGUGGGCCGUCUGCUGCUCUGCUGCCUGCUCAAACACCAGGACCUCGGUCACGUCGCCCUCUCACUCAUCAAGCAAUGUGCCUUGGGCGUGGACCAGGGGAAGCAGAGGUCCCUCCCCAAAUCUGUGAUCGACGUGUGUCGGAUGGUGUACCAGGCCAAGUGCUCGCUGAUCAAGACGCACCAGGAGCAGGGCCGCUCCUAUAAGGAGGUGUGCGCGCCCGUGAUCGAGCGCCUGCGCUUCCUGUUCAACGAGCUGCGGCCAGCGGUCAGCAACGACCUGUCCAUCGUGUCCAAGCUCAAGCUGCUGAGCUCCCAGCCGCGCUGGAAGAGGAUCACGCAGAAGCUGAUCCGCGACAGCAGGAAGAAGAGGGUGCCUAAGAAGUCCGAGUCAGCCGACGUGGAGGAGUCCAAGCUGGAGAACGACGAGACGGACGGGGACGGCCCCUGCGCUGUCCCCAUCAGCCCCGCGUCCGCCGACAAAAAGCCCGCCCCGGCCAAGUCGCCCAAGCAGCAGGACAAGUGGCAGCCCCUGUUGUCCACGGUAACCAGCGUGCAUAAAUAUAAGUGGCUGAAGCACAGCGUUCAGGGCUGUAUCCCCCAGUCCAGCCUCAUGGCCACCAUCGUGGAGUUCGCCCUGAAGGAGGAGCCUCUGGAUGUGGAGAAGAUGAGGAAGUGCCUCCUAAAGCAGCUGGAGCGGGCGGAGGUGAGGCUGGAGGGCAUUGACACCAUGCUGAAGCUGGCGUCUAAGAGCUUCCUGCUGCCGUCGGUGCAGUACGCCAUGCUGUGCGGCUGGCAGAGGCUCAUCCCCGAAGGGACCAAUAUCGGAGAGCCCCUCUCUGACUGCCUGAAGGAUGUAGACCUCAUCCCUCCCUUCAACCGCAUGCUGCUGGAGGUGACCUUCGGCAAGCUGUACGCCUGGGCCAUCCAGAACGUGCGCUCCAUCCUGCUGGACGCCACCAACAGGUUUAAAGAGCUAGGGGUGCAGCCCGUCCCUCUGCAGACCAUCACUAAUGAGAACCCGGCGGGUCCCAGCCUGGGCACCAUACCACAGGCACGUUUCCUGCUGGUCAUGCUCAACAUGCUGUCCCUGAAGCACGGAGCCAGCGGCCUCAGCCUGCUGCUCAACUCCGGCAUGCUGGCGCUCACCCAGAGCAUCCUCCGGCUCAUCGGCCCCAGUACAGACAGCACUGAGGAGGACCUGGGCUCCAGUGCCCAUGGCGGCUCGGCCACAGUGCUGGAGGAGUCCAGGAAGGAGGCGGCUCCCGCCCCCAUGCCCGCGUCCGGGCCCGAGCUGGCGGCCAUGAUGAAGAUCGGCACGCGCGUCAUGAGGGGACUGGACUGGAAGUGGGGCGAUCAGGACGGGCCAGCGCCGGGCCUGGGGCGCGUAAUUGGAGAGCUGGGGGAGGACGGCUGGAUCCGGGUCCAGUGGGACACCAGCAGCACCAACUCCUACAGGAUGGGCAAGGAGGGGAAGUACGACCUGAAGCUGGCAGAGCCGCCCCCGGCAACCCAGCCCACCACGGAGGACUCGGACACGGAGGAUGAUACCGAAGGGGAGCCGGUGGAGCGGAGCUCUCACCCCACGGCGCUGAUGCUGACGAGCACGGUGAACCUGCUGAAGACGCUGGCGCUGUCUGCAGGCAUCCACGCCGAGGGCAUGCAGACGGAGGCCAUGCGCACGCUCUGCGGCCUGCUCCGGAUGCUGGUGGAGAGCGGAGCCAACGACAAGAGCGGAUGCUCCGCCCACAGGCAGGUGUCCCGGGAGCAGCACCGCAGCUGGUGCACUCUGGGCUUCAUCCGCAGCAUCGCCCUCAUGCCCCAAAUGUGCAGCACCCUCAGCACCCCGGCCUGGAUCAGCCUGCUCGUCCGCAUCGUCGAGGGCCACCAGCCCUUCACUGCCGUCACGCUGCAGAGACAGAUCCUGGCUCUGCGCCUGCUGCAAGCAGUGCUCCCGUCCUGGGACAAGACGGAGAGGUCCCAGGACAUGAAGUUCCUGGUGGAGAAGCUGUUUGGCUUCCUGGGGAGUCUGCUGACCACCUGCUCCUCAGACCUCCCACUCCUGAGAGAGGGCUCCCUGCGCAGGAGGAAGUCCCGCCCCCAGGCGUCCCUGACGGCCACUCACAGCAGCACGCUGGCCGAGGAGAUCGUCGCCGUGCUGCGGACGCUGCACUCCCUGGCCCAGUGGAACGGCCUCAUCAACGAGUACAUCAACUCCCAGCUCAGCUGCAUCGGCGACGUCAUGGCCGGCCGCCACGCGGAAGCGACCCUGCUGGAGGAGUACUUCCCGGACUCGGAGGGCCCCGCGGUGGGCAGCCUGAUGGCGGUGCUGGCGGUGAUCGGCGGCAUCGACGGGCGGCUCAGGCUGGGCGGUCAGGUGGUCCAUGAGGAGUUCGGGGAGGGCACUGUCACGCGCAUCACGCCCAAGGGCAGGAUCACCGUGCAGUUCCACGAAAUGAGGACCUGCAGGGUGUGUCUGCUCAGCCAGCUGAAACCGCUGCCCGUGGUGGCCUUCAGCGUGCACAACCUGCCCUUCACCGAGCCCAUGCUGGGGGUGUGGGCACAGCUGGUACACCUGGCCGGCAGCAAGCUGGAGAAACAACGCAUGAAGAAAUCUCUGAGCCGUGGCCUCACAGCGGACCAGGUGGACCUGCACUUGCUGCGGUGCCAGCAGCUGCGUCUCUACAUCCUGAAGGCGGCGCGGGCCCUGCUGUCACACCAGGACAAGCUGCGGCAGAUCCUCUCCCAGCCCGCGGUGCUGGAGACGGGCUCCAACCCCAGCGAGGACGCCGUGGCGUCGUCGCCGGAUGUGGGGGACCUGUCCCCCGACGGCCCGCUGCCCCCCCUCAUCCUGCUGCAGCAGCUGCUGUCGGCCGCCACCCAGCCCUCCCCGAUCAAGGCCAUCUUCGACAGGCAGGAGCUGGAGGCUGCAGCCCUGGCGGUGUGCCAGUACCUGGCGGUGGAGUCCACCCACCCGUCCUCCCCGCUGUUUGAGGACAGCAGCUCCAGCGAGGCCACCACGCCGGUCACAGUGCAGCACGUCCGGCCGCCCAAGCAGAAGAAGCACAAGGCCUCCCCCGUCCCCCCCCUGCCCAUCGUGGGCCAGCUCAUGGAGAUGGGCUUCCAGAGGAAGAACAUCGAGUUCGCCCUCAAAUCCCUGUCUGGGACCACAGGAAGUGCCUCUGGGAUACCAGGUGUGGAGGCCCUCGUCGGCUGGCUGCUGGACCACCCCGACGUCCACAUCACCGAGCUGUCCGACGCCGACACCGUGUCCGACGAGUACUCGGAUGAGGAGGUUCUGGAGGAGCUGGAAGAGCCCGAGACGGCCUUCCCUGUGCCCCCUGGAGCCGUGGUGACAGAGAGUCAGACAUUCAAGAGGAGAUCGGAUUUCCAAAGCAAUGACGACUACGCCGUGUAUGUCCGAGAGAACAUUCAGGUGGGAAUGAUGGUGAAGUGCUGCCGGACUUACGAGGAGGUGUACGAGGGAGAUGUGGGGAAGGUGAUCAAGCUGGACCGGGAUGGGCUCCAUGACCUGAACGUGCAGUGUGACUGGCAGCAGAAGGGGGGGACCUACUGGGUCCGUUACAUCCACACCGAGCUGCUGGGUUUCCCGCCACAGAGUUCCCCGUCCCACAUCAAGAUCGGUGACAAAGUCCGUGUGAAGCCGUCGGUCACGACGCCAAAGUACAAAUGGGGUUCGGUCACUCACAGGAGCGUCGGAGUUGUGAAGGCUUUCAGUGCCAACGGGAAGGACGUGAUCGUAGACUUCCCCCAGCAGUCCCAUUGGACAGGCCUCCUGUCAGAGAUGGAGCUGGUGCCCAGCAUUCACCCGGGAGUCAGAUGUGAUGGCUGCCAGAUGUUCCCGAUCAACGGCCCCCGGUUCAAAUGCAGGAACUGUGACGACUUUGACUUCUGUGAAAAUUGCUUCAAAACUCGCAAACAUCACACCAGGCAUUCCUUUGGCAGGAUCAGCGAGCCAGGCCAGUCUCCGGCGUUCUGCGGCCGCUCGGGGAAGCAGCUGAAGCGGCACCACAGCAGCCAGCGCGGCAUGCUGAUCGACGAGUGGUCCCGCGCCGUCAAGAACCUCAGCGUGUCGUCCUCCGUCAACCAGGCCUCGCGCCUCAUCGACUGCGGGGACCUGUGCUGGCAGUCCUCCGGCUCUCAGGGCAAGCACUGGAUCCGUCUGGAGCUCUUCCCGGACGUCCUGGUGCACAGGCUGAAGAUGAUCGUGGACCCAGCGGACAGCAGCUACAUGCCGUCUCUCGUGGUGGUGUCGGGCGGGAAUUCUCUGAAUAACCUCAUCGAGCUGAAGACAAUCAACAUUAACCCCACCGACACUACUGUUCACCUGCUCAGUGACUGCACUGAGUAUCACAGGUACAUCGAGAUCGCCAUCAAACAGUGCCGCAGCUCCGGCAUCGACUGCAAGAUCCACGGGCUCGGCAUUGUGGGCCGCAUCCGCGCCGAGGACGAAGACCUGGCCACCGUGCCCUUCCUGGCAUCUGACAACGAGGAGGAGGACGAUGAUAAGACCAGCACCGGCAGUCUGGCGCGGAAGAAAUCGUCUGGCCUGGAGUCUGCGGCCUCCAUCAGGACCAAAGUCUUCGUUUGGGGGCUGAAUGACAAAGACCAACUGGGAGGCCUCAAGGGGUCGAAGAUCAAAGUACCAUCGUUCUCAGAGACCCUUUCCGCUCUCAACGUGGUGCAGGUGGCAGGAGGAUCGAAAAGCCUGUUUGCAGUGACGGCGGAGGGUAAGGUGUACGCCUGCGGAGAGGCCACCAACGGCAGGCUGGGGCUGGGCCUCUCCAGCGGCACCAUCCCCAUCCCCAGGCAGAUCUCCGCCCUCAGCAACUACGUGGUGAAGAAGGUGGCCGUGCACUCAGGUGGGCGGCACGCUAUGGCCCUGACGGUGGACGGGAAGGUGUUCUCCUGGGGCGAGGGUGACGACGGGAAGCUGGGCCACUUCAGCAGAAUGAACUGUGACAAGCCGCGGCUGAUCGAGGCCCUGAAGACGAAGCGGAUCCGGGACAUCGCCUGCGGGAGCUCCCACAGCGCUGCCAUCACCUCCAGCGGGGAGCUGUACAGCUGGGGCCUGGGGGAGUACGGCAGGCUGGGGCACGGAGACAACACCACCCAGCUCAGGCCCAAACUGGUGAAGGUGCUCCUGGGGCAUCGUGUCGUCCAGGUGGCCUGCGGCAGUCGAGACGCCCAGACUCUGGCUCUGACAGAUGAAGGGCUGGUGUUCUCCUGGGGGGACGGGGACUUUGGGAAGCUGGGCCGAGGGGGCAGCGAGGGCUGCAAUAUCCCCCAGAACAUCGAGAGGCUCAACGGGCAGGGCGUGUGCCAGAUCGAGUGUGGAGCCCAGUUCUCCCUGGCACUCACCAAGUCCGGCGUGGUGUGGACCUGGGGCAAAGGCGACUACUUCCGGCUGGGUCAUGGCACCGACGUCCACGUGCGCAAGCCCCAGAUGGUGGAGGGGCUGAGGGGGAAGAAGAUCGUCCAUGUGGCGGUCGGGGCGCUGCACUGCCUGGCCGUGACCGACACAGGACAGGUGUACGCCUGGGGAGACAACGACCACGGCCAGCAGGGGAACGGCACCACCACGGUCAACAGGAAGCCCACCCUGGUGCAGGGCCUGGAGGGCCAGAAGAUCACCCGCGUGGCCUGCGGCUCCUCACACAGCGUGGCCUGGACCACCGUGGACGUCACCACGCCCUCCGUCCACGAGCCCGUCCUCUUCCAGACCGCCAGGGACUCGCUGGGCGCCUCCUACCUGGGUGUCCCGUCGGACAGCGACUCGUCUGCCGUUAGCAACAAGAUGAGCGGCCAGAGCAACGCCAAGCCCAACCGGCCGUCGCUGGCCAAGAUCCUGCUGUCUCUGGACGGAAACCUGGCCAAGCAGCAGGCCCUGUCCCACGUCCUCUCUGCCCUGCAGAUCAUAUACGCCAGGGAUGCAGUGGUGGGAGCGCUGAUGCCUGCCUGCAUGAUCAUGCCGGUGGAGUGCCCCUCCAGCUCCCCCAUCCCCCCAUCCGACGAGUCCACGGCCUCCACCCCCACUGAGACAGAGGAGCCCUCCGCACCCCCGGAAACAGAGGAGCGCCUCAGCCCCAGCCCCUGGCAGGACAAGAGGGGCGAGGUGGCCCCAUCCGAAGACGCCAUCACCCCGUCCUCUGCAGUGACGCCGUCGGCGGCGGCGGCCUCCUCGCGGCCCUUCAUCCCCGUCACCGACGACCCCGGCGCGGCCAGCAUCAUCGCCGAGACGAUGACCAAAACCAAAGAGGACUCUGAGAGUCAGAGUAAGACGGUGGGCCCGGAGCCUCAGUACCUGGACGAGUUCACCAGCCUGCUGGUGCCGGACGACACGCGCGUCAUGGUGGACCUGCUGAAGCUGGCCGUGUCGGUGCGCUCGGGCGAGAAGGGCAAGGAGGUGCUGUCCGCCGUGCUCUCCGGCAUGGGCACCGCCUACCCGCAGGUGGCAGACAUGCUGCUGGAGCUGUGUGUGACUGAGCUGGAGGACGUGGCCACAGACUCGCAGAGCGGCCGGCUGUCCUCCCAGCCCGUGGUGGUGGAGAGCAGCCACCCCUACACCGACGACACCUCCACCAGCGGCACGGUCAAGAUCCCAGGUGCCGAGGGGCUGAGGGUAGAAUUCGACCGGCAGUGUUCCACAGAGAGGCGACAUGAUCCACUCACCAUCAUGGACGGGGCCAAUAGGAUUGUGUCUGUCAGAUCAGGCCGGGAGUGGUCCGACUGGUCGAGUGAGCUGCGUAUCCCCGGCGACGAGCUCAAGUGGAAGUUCACCAGCGAUGGCUCCGUUAACGGCUGGGGCUGGCGCUUCACCGUGUAUCCCAUCAUGCCUGCUGCGGGGCCUAAGGACCUGCUGUCUGACCGCUGCAUCCUCUCCUGCCCCUCCAUGGACCUGGUGACCUGUCUGCUCGACUUCCGCCUCAACUUCGCCUCCAACCGGAGCAUCGUGCCCCGGCUGGCUGCCUCUCUGGCGGCAUGCGCACAACUGAGCGCGCUCGCGGCGGGUCACAGAAUGUGGGCCUUGCAGAGGCUGCGUAAGCUGCUGACCACAGAGUUCGGCCAGUCCAUCAACAUCAACCGACUGCUGGGGGACACCGAGGGAGAGGCCCGGUCGCUGAGUUUCUCGGGCAGUGCUCUGGCCGCCCUGGUGAAGGGCCUUCCUGAGGCUCUGCAGAGACAGUAUGAGUACGAGGACCCCAUCGUGAGAGGAGGGAAGCAGCUGCUCCAUAGCCCCUUCUUCAAGGUUCUGGUGGCGCUGGCCUGCGACCUGGAGCUCGACACCCUUCCCUGCUGCGCAGAGACCCACAAGUGGGCGUGGUUCCGCAGGUACUGCACCGCCUCCAGGGUGGCGGUGGCCCUGGACAAGAGGACCCCGCUGCCACGCCCCUUCCUGGACGAGGUGGCUAAGAAAAUCCGCGAGCUGAUGGCGGACCAGGAGAACAUGAACGCCCUGCAUGAGAGUCAUGACAUUUUCAAGAGGGAACACGACGAGCAGCUGGUGCAGUGGAUGAACAGGCGUCCUGACGACUGGACGCUGUCCGCGGGGGGGAGCGGGACCAUCUACGGCUGGGGCCACAACCACAGGGGUCAGCUGGGGGGCAUCGAGGGGGCGAAGGUCAAGGUGCCCACGCCCACGGAGGCCCUGGCCACUCUCAGGCCCGUGCAGCUGAUCGGCGGGGAGCAGACGCUGUUCGCGGUGACGGCCGACGGCAAGCUGUACGCCACAGGCUACGGGGCCGGAGGGCGGCUGGGCAUCGGGGGCACCGAGUCGGUGUCCACGCCCACCCUGCUGGAGUCCAUCCAGCACGUCUUCAUCAGGAAGGUGGCGGUCAACUCCGGCGGCAAGCACUGCCUGGCGCUGUCCUCCGAGGGAGAGGUGUACUCCUGGGGCGAGGCCGAGGACGGCAAGCUGGGCCACGGGAACAGGAGCCCGUGUGACCGGCCCCGCGUCAUCGAGUCUCUGCGGGGGGUGGAGGUGGUGGACAUCGCCGCGGGCGGCGCCCACAGCGCCUGCAUCACGGCCAGCGGGGAGCUCUACACCUGGGGCAAGGGCCGCUACGGCCGGCUGGGGCACGGGGACAGCGAGGACCAGCUCAAACCCAAACUGGUGGACGCGCUGCAGGGUCACAGGGUCAUCGAUGUGGCGUGCGGCAGCGGCGACGCCCAGACGCUGUGUCUGACGGACGACGACAUGGUGUGGUCGUGGGGCGACGGCGACUACGGCAAGCUGGGCCGCGGCGGCAGCGACGGCUGCAAGGUCCCCAUGAAGAUCGACUCCCUGACCGGCCUCGGGGUGGUCAAGGUGGAGUGCGGUUCCCAGUUCUCCGUGGCCCUCACCAAGUCCGGCGCCGUGUACACAUGGGGCAAGGGGGACUACCACAGGUUGGGACACGGCUCGGACGACCACGUGCGCAGGCCUCGGCAGGUCCAGGGCCUGCAGGGAAAGAAGGUCAUCGCCAUCGCCACCGGGUCCCUGCACUGUGUCUGUUGCACAGAGGAUGGUGAAGUGUACACCUGGGGGGACAACGAUGAAGGCCAGCUGGGGGAUGGCACCACCAACGCCAUCCAGAGGCCGCGGCUGGUGGCGGCGCUGCAGGGUAAGAAGAUAAACCGGGUGGCCUGCGGAUCGGCUCACACCCUGGCCUGGUCCACCAGCAAGCCCGCCAACGCCGGCAAACUCCCCUCUCAGGUUCCCAUGGAGUAUAACCACCUGCAGGAGAUUCCCAUCAUCGCCCUGCGGAACCGGCUGCUGCUGCUGCACCACAUCUCAGAGCUCUUCUGCCCCUGCAUCCCCAUGUUCCACCUGGAGGGCCGCCUCGGACACACAGGCCAGGGCCCCUCCGUGGGCUUCGACACGCUGCGCGGAAUCCUCAUCUCGCAGGGCAAAGAAGCGGCAUUCCGCAAGGUGGUCCAGGCGACGAUGGUGAGGGACCGACAGCACGGGCCGGUGGUCGAGCUCAACAGGAUUCAGGUGAAGCGCUCGCGGAGCAAAGGGGGGCUGGCCGGCCCAGAUGGGACCAAGUCUGUUUUCGGUCAGAUGUGUGCCAAGAUGAGCUCCUUCAGUCCAGACAGCCUGUUGCUCCCCCACCGCGUCUGGAAGGUCAAGUUUGUGGGGGAGUCAGUGGAUGACUGUGGCGGUGGGUACAGUGAGUCAAUUGCGGAGAUGUGUGAGGAGCUGCAGAACGGCCUCACCCCCCUCCUCAUCGUCACGCCCAAUGGCCGCGACGAGUCCGGCGCCAACCGCGACUGCUUCCUACUCAACCCCGCCGCCAAGUCCCCGCUGCACAUCAACAUGUUCCGCUUCCUAGGUGUUCUCCUGGGCAUCGCCAUCCGAACGGGCAGCCCCCUGAGCCUUAACCUGGCCGAGCCUGUGUGGAAGCAGCUGGCUGGAAUGAACCUGACCAUCGCUGACCUCAGUGAGGUCGAUAAAGACUUCAUCCCCGGACUGAUGUACAUCCGUGACAACGAGGCCACGUCGGAGGAGUUUGAGGCCAUGACCCUGCCCUUUACUGUGCCAAACGCCAGCGGCCAGGACAUCCAGCUCAGCUCCAAGUACUCACACAUCACCCUGGACAACCGUGCCGAGUAUGUGAGGCUAGCAAUAAACUACAGGCUUCAUGAGUUUGACGAGCAGGUGUGGGCGGUGCGAGAGGGCAUGGCGCGGGUGGUCCCUGUGCCCCUGCUCUCUCUCUUCACCGGCUACGAGCUGGAGACCAUGGUGUGUGGGAGCCCGGACAUCCCCCUGCACCUCCUGAAGUCGGUGGCCACCUACAAGGGCGUGGAGCCCACGGCACCGCUGAUCCAGUGGUUCUGGGAGGUGAUGGAGUCCUUCUCCAACACGGAGCGCUCACUCUUCCUGCGCUUUGUCUGGGGCCGCACUCGGCUGCCCCGCACCAUCGCCGACUUCCGCGGCAGGGACUUCGUCGUGCAGGUCCUGGAUAAGUACAGCCCUCCGGACCACUUCCUGCCCGAGUCGUACACCUGCUUCUUCCUGCUCAAGCUGCCGCGCUACUCCUGCAAGCAGGUGCUGGAGGAGAAGCUCAAGUACGCCAUCCACUUCUGCAAGUCCAUAGACACUGACGACUAUGCGCGCAUCGCGCUGACGGGCGAGCCGGCCGCCGACGACAGCAGCGAAGACUCCGACAACGAGGACGCCGACUCCUUCGCCUCCGACUCUACGCAGGACUACUUAACGGGGCACUGAGGGCCUCUGACCGCCCCCCCCCCUCCCCC